CUUACUGAGCAUCCUGCUCUCUCCAACUGACCUGCUGGCCGGGGGGGGGAUUGAAGUUUAACUGAAUUCAAACAGAAAGGGGGCGCCCCCGAGUGCAUGGAGAGUGGCCCCUAUAUCCUAUCUAGGGCAGUAGGACCCCGCAGGGCAGGAGAGACAAUGGUGACUCCAUCUUGGGUAAAGAGCGAAAAGAAAGAGCCAAACCCCAAAACAAAAUUCCUCCCAGGGGCCGAAACCAUGGAAACCGGACACCGCCAGACUGACACCCCCAAACUGCAGAGACUGGGGCACAAAAUGGCCGCUAACAUAAAGCACUGGUUAGAGUGCCGCCCGGUGGAGGAAGUGUGUAUUAUCCGAACAGAAGAUGCAGAGAUUGAGGUGAGGGAGAGAACGGGGGGCUCCUGCAGGGAGAGACUGCUCCUCACUCUGGGGGUGCUCUUUGUGCUGCUCAUAGUGGUGCUGCUGCUCUUGUGGAACUACAAAUGCACCGUCAUCGACCAACUGUGUCAGGGCAACGGGGAGCUGCUCACCCCACUGUUUAAGGAAAACUGAUUGUUCUGCCACCCCCCCCCCCCCCGCAGACUCUCAAUAAGCCCCUCCCCUCCUCUAUAAUCAUCUGACACCCCAAGAAAAUCCUGCUCUUGGUCUCAACCCCCAAUCGGCUUCAGCGGCAAUGUAAAUACUAACCAAUAAAAAUAAGAAAAUGACAAAAGUCUCUCA